AGAAAGAAAAAGCGCACUGUAAUCGGGGGGAAAAGCAUAAACCGGGGGGUGUUAAUUAAUAACUUAAUACUAACAUGCGCCCACAGUUAAGGCCACUCAGCAGCGUUGAUUACGCCCACAGUUGUUCGGCCGCUGAUCGGAGAUUAAACUCUCUGCUCAGACACCUCCUCGAACCGUCAACAAUGGAUCCCGCUCCGAUCUCUGCUUCUCUGACUUCUUCGGCCUUCGGCGGCGAGUCUGUCUUCAAUCACGUUGCUCGAGCUCCGGAAGAUCCUAUUCUAGGGGUAACUGUUGCAUAUAAUAAAGAUCCUAGCCCAGUGAAGUUAAAUUUGGGUGUUGGUGCUUAUAGAACAGAGGAAGGAAAACCUCUUGUCUUGAAUGUGGUGAGAAAAGCAGAGCAGCUCCUUGUUAAUGAUAGGUCUCGAGUUAAGGAAUACCUUCCUAUUGUUGGUCUGGCAGAUUUCAACAAAUUGAGUGCCAAGCUCAUACUUGGUGCUGACAGCCCUGCCAUUGAAGAGAACAGGGUCACCACUGUCCAGUGCUUGUCUGGUACUGGCUCAUUGAGAGUUGGAACUGAGUUUUUGGCAAGACAUUAUCACCAGCAUAGCAUAUAUAUUCCCAACCCAACAUGGGGAAACCACCCUAAAGUGUUCACUCUGGGAGGCUUAUCUGUGAAGAGUUAUCGCUAUUAUGAUCCGGCAACACGCGGCCUCAAUUUCCAAGGACUGUUAGAGGACCUUGGUUCUGCUCCAUCAGGAGCAAUUGUGCUUCUUCAUGCAUGUGCUCAUAACCCAACUGGUGUUGACCCAACCGUUGAGCAGUGGGAACAGAUCAGGCAAUUGAUGAGAUCGAAAGGCUUAUUACCUUUUUUUGACAGUGCUUAUCAGGGUUUUGCAAGCGGAAAUUUGGAUGCUGAUGCACAGUCUGUUCGCAUGUUUGUUGCUGAUGGCGGUGAAUGCCUAGUGGCUCAGAGCUAUGCAAAGAACAUGGGGCUCUAUGGGGAACGUGUUGGUGCCCUGAGCAUAGUCUGCAGGACUGCAGAUGUUGCAAGCAGAGUUGAGAGCCAGUUGAAACUUGUGAUAAGGCCCAUGUAUUCUAACCCACCCAUCCAUGGAGCAUCUAUUGUGGCUACUAUUCUUAAGGACAGGAAUAUGUUUGAUGAAUGGACUAUCGAGUUGAAGGAAAUGGCUGAUCGUAUCAUCAGCAUGCGACACCAACUGUUUGAAGCUUUACAAGCUAGAGGUACCCCUGGUGACUGGAGUCACAUUAUCAAGCAAAUUGGAAUGUUUACUUUUACUGGAUUGAACUCGGAGCAAGUUGCAUUCAUGACCAAAGAAUACCAUAUUUACAUGACAUCUGACGGGAGGAUCAGCAUGGCCGGCCUGAGCUCGAAGACAGCCCCUCACCUUGCAGAUGCAAUACACGCAGCCGUUACUCAGGCUGCCUGAAUAAUUUCUCUGGUAACUUCUUCCUGCCCGCCGGCAUCUCUUUCUGGCAGUUAGUGUUGUAAUAAUUGCCACCCCAAUGGCUUGGGGUAGAAAAUGAAACAAAUGCCCCUCGUAUUGGAGGAAUUUUGGACAGUUAUGGCAUCUCCUUCUUGUAUCUGUGUGCUGAACCACAGAACUUAGUAAAAAGCUAACAGUUUUUCUUGUACUUUGAAAAUUUUUCAAAAUAUUGAUUGUUAGUUACAAA